AUGAGUCGUGGUCAAAAGUUUUCACGAUUACUUCAACAUCUCGAAAAAUGUUCUCAAAGUAUAAUGUAUUAUGACGAGAUUGCUGCUGCUGUACAACGGACUCGAGAAAUUGAAUCAAUUAUGGCACCAUACGAAUUUCGUCCAAAUCAAAUUUUUGAUGAAAGAAAACAUAUUAUUGACACAGUGGCCACCCAAUAUCUUGAACAGGCUACUAGUGAUGUACAUCAUCUUGUUCCAGUCAAAGUUACUGCCAAUGGAAAUUGUUUGUACUAUUCUAUUCUUGUUCUAAUGAAUAAUCCAGCAGUGACAACGAGUGAAUUACGAGGUAUAUAA